UCCCGUCCUAAGAACUUAUAUUUUUCGUAGAAGUGUAAAAGUGUAGGCAACCAGAACAAACCUUAUGUCAUUUUGUGUGUGAUGGCCCUAAGUUGUAACCUAACCUGUUGGAGACCGUAAUUUGUGCGUGUCUCUUCAAGUGACCUGUUUGCCGAAAAGUGAAUUUCUUCCUCAGGAUAUAUCCAUGAUAAUUUAGAACAAUCGGUGAUAUCCAGUUAUGUAUUCUAUAUGCAAGAGUACUCAUCCCGCAACGGGAGUCGAGCACGCGAUUACGUGCCACUUUUUCAACCGCACCGAGAAAUGUCUCGUUGUCGCCGGCGCUAAUAUUAUACGAGUAUUUCGUCUGAUUCCCGACGUCGACAUGACAAGGAGGGAGAAAUAUACAGAAAUACGUCCUCCUAAAAUGAAGUUGGAGUGCUUGGCACAGUACACGUUGCAUGGAAACAUCAUGUCUAUGCAGGCUGUUCAUCUCAUUGGAUCACAAAGAGAUUCACUGCUGCUCAGUUUCCGUGAUGCAAAACUAUCCGUUGUCGAAUAUGAUCAAGAUAUUCAUGACCUUAGAACUGUGUCGUUGCAUUACUUUGAAGAGGAAGAGAUAAAGGAUGGGUGGACGAAUCAUCAUCAUAUACCAAUAGUAAGAGUGGAUCCUGAGGGCAGAUGUGCAGUAAUGUUAAUAUUUGGUAGAAAACUGGUUGUGUUACCUUUUCGUAAAGAUCCCAGUCUUGAUGAUGGUGACUUGCUUGACAAUGCAAAAUUAACAUCUUCCAACAAGACUCCGAUAUUAUCCUCAUAUAUGAUUGUACUCAAAACAUUGGAAGAAAAGAUGGAUAAUAUAAUAGACUUACAGUUUCUGCAUGGAUAUUACGAGCCUACAUUAUUAAUUUUAUAUGAACCAGUAAGAACAUUUGCAGGGCGUAUCGCAGUAAGACAAGAUACUUGCGCAAUGGUUGCCAUCUUGAAUAUUCAACAAAGGGUCCAUCCUAUUAUUUGGUCUGUUUCCAAUUUGCCAUUUGAUUGUUAUCAAGCUGUACCCGUAAAAAAACCAUUAGGUGGCACCCUGAUAAUGGCAUAUUCACUUAUUUAUUUAAAUCAAAGCAUACCACCUUAUGGAGUAUCACUUAACAGUUUAGCAGACACGAGUACAAAUUUUCCAUUAAAGCCACAAGAAGGAGUAAAGAUGAGUUUGGAAGGUGCACAGGUAGCCUUUAUAUCUGCGGAUCGUUUAGUUAUUUCUUUAAAAAGUGGAGAGCUUUAUGUUUUGUCUCUCUUUGCUGACAGUAUGCGAUCUGUGCGUGGAUUUCACUUUGAUAAGGCUGCUGCUAGUGUGUUAACAUCAUGCGUAUGUAUGUGUGAGGAUAACUAUCUCUUCCUCGGUUCUCGACUUGGUAAUUCGUUACUGUUAAGAUUCACAGAGAAGGAGUUAGAAAGUUCAAAAAAUCUAAAUAAUGGUGAGAUUACUAUUGAAGAAAAUGAGAGUGAGGAAACUCCAGCCAAGAAGGCGAAGCAGGACUUUCUUGGCGACUGGAUGGCAUCAGAUGUAUUGGAUAUCAAAGAUCCAGAAGAGUUAGAAGUGUACGGCAGCGAAACUCAUACAUCUAUUCAGAUCACUUCAUAUAUUUUUGAGGUAUGUGAUAGCUUAUUAAACAUUGGACCAUGUGGUAAUAUUCAAUGGGAGAGCCAGCCUUCUUAUCAGAAGAAUUUCUACAAAAUCAAGCCCCGACGUAGAACUUGUGACAACAUCUGGAUAUGGAAAAAAAUGGUUGUGACAACAUUUGAAUUGCCUGGCUGUGAAGAUAUGUGGACUGUCAUUGGCACGUUAAAUAACGAUGAAGUCAAAACAGAAGCAGAAGGUUCUCAUGCUUUCUUGAUAUUGAGCCAAGAAGAUUCAACCAUGAUUCUGCAAACUGGCCAAGAGAUUAAUGAGGUAGAUCAGAGUGGAUUUAGUACACAGGGAAGUACAGUAUUUGCUGGUAAUCUUGGUGCUAACCGAUACAUUGUACAAGUUAAAGAUCGGAUAAAAGAUUACAGAGACUGA